AUGGACAUCAACCUUCAAGCUUCGCCAUCACCAUCCUCAACCUCCCCAACCCUUCCCAGUCCGCUGGCAGAACCACAACCGUCCACGCCAGCAUUAUCAUUUCCCCGAUUUCAGCUACCUCUGCACCAACUGUUCCAGCGACCCCAACAACCGCAACAACCACCUCCACGCCCACAACCACCAUUCCAGCCGCAGCUUCACCCGCAACCAAUCCACUACUCCCAACACGCCCCGCACCCGCUUCCGCCGCAUCCCUACGGCCUGCCUACCACUAUGAACGGCAUUAACGGCGGCAACAUGGGCGGCGGCAUGGCGCCCAUCCCGGCCGGCCACCAGGCUGAGCUCAACUACAUCUACGGGAUAGUUGAGGAGCUGAGCCGCCAGCUGGCCGAGAACCAGCGCGCCAUGCAAGAUAUGGUCGAGAUUGUGGGCAAGGUUCGCAAUAAGGCUUUGGAAAAGGAGCUAGGCAACGAUGAAUUACUCUCCGGCUCCGGCGAUGAGCUCAAGGCCCAAACAGCCAACCUCGACAUGGAAAUCUCUCUCUUAACCGAAGCCCUUGAAAAAGCCAAAUCUAGCCGGGACGCCAACGCGGCCCUCCUCAACCAAUACGCCAACGUAAUGGCCGGUAUGCUGCGCCAAUUCCACGAAUACAAGGCCCGUCACGUUGCCGACGUCGCGGCCUGGCACCGCAGUUAUCGCGCCCAGCUGGCCGAAGCGCGCGCCGAGAACUGCCGCCUGCGCGAGCAAAUCUGGGAGAUGCAAGCCCGCGCGGGCAAGGCCAACGAGCUCCUACGCAAAUUCCGCGCCCGCUACGAGCAGGACACGGCACGCUGGGACCGGCGCGUCGAAGCGCGCGCCGUCAGACAGGAACUCCGUUUCUGGAAGAGGCUGGCCAUGCCCUACUUGCCGGAGGAUGACCCGUACUGGAGCGACGAUGAUGAUUUGAUCGAUGUGGCAGAGAAGAGGCGGUUGGCAGAGGAGGCGCAGCGCAGGGCGGAGGAGCAGAGGAUGCAGCUUGCGUCGCUGGAUGAUGCGGCCGAUGCUGCGGCGGCGGCGACAGCUACGGCGGGGGAUGAGGAUGGGGAGAUUGCGCCUGAGGUGUCGCUGGGGGGCGUGCCGAUGCAAAGGGAGGAUAGUGGGUUGAUGCCGUUCCCUCCGCCGAGGCCGUCGAGUGCGGCGAGUACGGGAUCUUCGGGGCAAUGA